GCGCGCACAAUUGUCAAAUCCACAAAAGGGGAAAGUCGCGACUUGUUCUGCUUAUCGUUAUCUUGUAAAGCCCGACCAUAGCGACCUGUUUUACAUAGCCAUAAAUCACAAAUAAACAUCGCACAGAAUGAUCAAGACGCGACUUUUGCUGCUCUGCGCCGUAUCGGCGUUUCUCGUGGGCAUAACCCAGGCGCAAAUAGCCUUCGUGGAGGAUGCGGACAUUGAUAUGAAGAAAGUUAACUUGGCGGGUCGCAAGCCGCUCUAUUCGCCGGCGCGAUGCCCGCGGCAUCAGCUUCUAUAUCCAGGGGAUCAGCAGCUCGAUUGGGUCUGUGACUGUGCGCCAGCCACGCUCUACUACCCGGAGACGGACGCCUGCUAUCCCGCCUACAGGCAGGGCCCCUGCGAACAGGGCCAGAUGCUGGUGCUGUACAAGGAGAAGAUCAUACCGGAGUGCGUGAGGAAUCCCUGCAAUACGGACGGACACUUUAUGAUACGCGACACCUGCUACGAGUUUGGCAACACCAAGCACGAGGGCAAUCCCUGCCCCUUCAAGGAGUACACCUAUGUGCUGGGCGUCAACCCAAUCAAUCUGAUGGUGGACUGCGUGAAGCUGUCCGUGCAGCUGGAGACGCGCAUAUCGCUGGACGAAGCCGCUCCACCACCCGAGUAUCACAUUGAGCUGGCCGCGAAGUGCUCCCGCGGCAGCCGACUGCUGGCCCAGGGCAAAUGCACAUAGACCGUGGAGACAAAACGAAUCGAAUUCAAGAGAUUUUUAACUUUAAACCAUAACAAAUAAUAAUUCAAACAAAAUCUAA